AAUGCGACUUUUUUUGGAUUUCAUAGGUUACUCCUCAAGUGGAGAGGCAGCAUCUACAAACUACUGUACAGGGAAUUUAUUGUCUUUGCUGUUUUUUACACGGCAAUAAGUUUGGUGUACAGGUACCUUCCUUUGCAUGUCUCCUUAAACGGCCAUCAAAUAUCAUGUAAGAAUACAGUCUCAAAAAUCUGAGCCUUGGGUUGCCGCUGACUUUUGCCUUAUGUAAUCUCCUCUUUUGCAUGAUCCUCUCUUGCAUUCUUCAUCUCAGGGUAUUUUAAUCCACACUUAACCCAUGCUUAGGGAUCUCAAGUAGACUCUAUCAUGUCCAGGUGGCCCUCAUGCCAGCCCCAUGUGAAUUGAUCACAAUGUGAUACUAGGCACCCUGCCAGGAUUUUGCUGGAGGCAUAAAAUGGCAGAUUUAUUACUUAACUCCUCACUCAGUGGUGAUUUUGAGUGGCAAAGGCCACGAACAAAUAAUCAUCGGUGCCUCUCUCAGCUAUGUCAUUGAUAGUUUGAAUUUGUGACUUGGCAGCUUAUAGCCACUGCCUACAUAAUUGAAAUGUCCAUGAAGGGUGUCUAUCAGGUGACUUUCCUUUCUUUUGCCUGGAAUGACAAGAUCUCCUCCAGGGUGGUGCCGAGGCCUGAAAACGAAUUUAUUUUAUUUUUACCCUCUGAGUGCGGGGUACAUUAUGUUCACAACAGAAGAUGUUUAUUCUUUAUACCAUCACAACCUAAGCCCGUCAGAUCGACAGAAAAUUUGAGCAAAAUCAUGUUGAGGAAAUACUUGUGUGACUAAAAUUAUAGUCUAAAUAAAAUGUUACCAGUAGUGCAAAUGGGAAGCUUUAUGAGGUUUUUUUUUUUAACUAAUUUUAUUUUAUUUUUAUUUAUUUAUUUUUAAAUACUUUAUUGCCAAGUUAGCUAACAUACAGCGUGUACAGUGUAGUCCUGGCUUUGGGAGUAGAUUUCCCGUGGUUCAUCGCUUACAUGCAACAUCCAGUGUUCGUCCCAACAAGUGCCCUCCACAAUGCCUGUCUCCCAUUUUCCCCUCCUUCACAACCAUCACCCGCAUCAACCCUCAGUUUGUUCUCUGUACUUAAGAGUCUCUUACGGUUUGCCUCCCCCUCUGUUUGUAACUUAUUUUUCCUUCCCUUUCCCUGCGGUCCUCUGUUAAGCUUCUCAAAUUCCACGUAGGAGUGAAAACAUGUGAUAUCUGUGUUUAGUUUUUUUUUAAUUAAAACUUAUUGCAUACAUUUCUACUCUGGGGGAAUUUAAAACUUAAAAUAGAAAAGCUAAAGGUUUUUGAGGCUGUAUUUCCACCUUUUCUAUGUACUUCAGUUUGUUCUUUCUCUCCCGCAUACUGAUGAACGACUUCGUAUUAUCAUUGCUCUUACUGACCUUCUUCUUUGCAGCCACAGGACUCCCUUUGACCAAGAGAGAGAGAGUAAUUUGGUCAGCUGAUAAUUGUCAAAAAUAGAAUAGGAAGGGCUAUUUUGCUGCAUAUCAAAAUAUCUGUAAAGGGACAUCAGGGGUUUUAUUUAAAAACCUCUAAUAAUUUUUCAGAUGUGUCUUAUAAGUACAACGUUAUUUUGACAAUGUAUUUUUGUAUCACCUAAUGCUUCAGAAUAUGAAAUAGUGGAAGACACAUGACGUUUCAGAAGAAUUGUCUCAUUAGUUUAUUUUUACUAAUGUGAGUUUAUUGCUGCUACUGCUGCAAUAGCACUCUGAAUAGCACUCAGAGCAGCUGCAUCGUGGCCAGAAAUCCUCCAUGGGGCCUCCACUCUUGCUUCAAUAUCUUGCUUAUACCCCACAAAAUUGUAUGCACGUAUUUUUGCUAAAGACCAAAGAGUGCUUACAUUUAUAACAAUGAUCAGUCGUGCAAGUCAUUCUUCAUUUUUGUAAAGUUCAGCUAUAAAAUCUCGUCAAAAUAUCUUCUUAAUCUUGAUUGAAGGUAUACCAACCACGAUAGGUUGAAUUUAUCAAGAAAGUCAAACAUACCUGUAGAAAAUUAUAGCAUCAUUCUCAUGUCUACUAAUCAUCCUAAGUUUUAAAAUUCUAUUCUAAGCAAAUAAUGAUACUUAGCAAAAAUCAUGAGACAAAACCAGACUUCAUUACUUUUGAGUAUACCUCUUUUUAUUUUGGGGUGAAUUUGACAAAAAUCACCAUUUUAGUACUUUUUAGCUAGUAAACUUUCUACGGAGCUAUUAGCUAAAUAUUUUUUCCUUUGGCCAGCUGUUAAUAAUAACCACCACUUUAUUAUCGAAAAAGUAUGACACUGUAUGUUCAGUGGUUUUAUAUAUGAUAUAUUCUUUAAUCCUCAUAACAUUCCUAACACAUAGGCUUUAUUGUCCCCAUUUACAAGUGAGGAAACUGAGGCUCAGAGAGAUUUAAAAAUAUGUUCCAAGUCCAAAUUUGUAAGUGGCAGAUCUGGGAUUCAAACCUGGCUUUGUCUGACCUUAAGGUCUGUGCUUUCUGCCUUUAAAUCCUCUUGGACCAUUUCUAUUUGAGUGUCGGAAACUGUUAUGGCUGUGACUUGUCAUUGGCAUGACCUUGACAGGCCUGGGCAGCUGAAUAAGAACAAGCUGAAUAAGAAUUUCUGAAACCUCCUCAAAGCUGAGGCAGGAACUCCAAGCCCAUCCUGCACCCCAAACUCCUUUGUCACUACCAGCUCUUCAUGCGCAAUCUGAUUGGUGGCUCGCUGUUACCCCAUCAUCCCUCUGCUUCCUCUAUCAAAAUUCUACUGACUCAAACAGGCCUUUUGACAUAUGUUGUAAUGGAUGUUUCCCAGGGAUUUCUUCCUCCCUUGGAACAGCUGUACCAUUCAUUUAUGCAAAUUUCUUUGUGUUGCUUCUCCUUGUAGAUCUCGACCAUUACGAUUACCCUGCCUUGGGACGUCUCUCCUGACUGCAAAUCCCCUCCCUGUAACAUAAAUAUCAAUAAUAGUUCCAUUAAAUGAACUUAGGUUUAGCCUAAGUUCAUACCAGAAAAUGGGUUUUGGUGAGAUGCAUAAUAUAAAUUUUGAUAUGUGUAUUAUGCAAACACAAACCCACCAAAUGCAGGAAUAAAAAUUUUUACUCCUUGUUGUUAUGUGUUAUUUUAUAUUUUAAAUAAUUGCGGGUUUUAAAAUAAACGGUUAUAAUAGCCUUUGAAGUACAACACAUAUAAUCAAGAAUGUGCUAAGUAGCAUACUCGUAAGAUCAAGAUGUCAAGGUUAGGGUUAUAAUUUAAUCCUCAUAAUUACUUAACAACUGUAGUUCACUUAAUCAAGACACCCUUUUUUAAAGUAUACCUGAUGAAUAAUGGAAAAUUGGACUCUUUAAUGAGUUAUUUUGCUCUAAAUCCAAUGUAUUCAUCAUAUAAAAGUUUAAAAUAUAAAGUAUUUAAAAAUAAAAGUUAAAAAACAUAUAAGUAAAUGGAAGUUAAUAAAUCCCACUGUCUAAUGGCCAAUAACAUUUAUGUACUGAAAACAUUGGUACUUGAAACAUUCAACAAUUAAAAAGCUUUUGAGAUCUAUCAGCUUAGGUAGAAAAAAGCAUUAUCGCUUCUUAAAAAAAAUUACAAUUAUUUGUGCUUAAUUGUUUGCACUGAAUAUCACUUGCAAAGCAGGUGCAGAAGUAUAAUAUCAUAAAGGGCUGUGCAUUUUAUUUUUGCUCCAGAUUGUUACUUACAGGAGCCCAAAAACGUUACUUUGAAAAAUUAUCAAUUUACUGUGACAGAUAUGCUGAACAAAUUCCAGUAACCUUUGUGCUUGGUAAGUAUAGGUCACACGCAGAACGCAGCCACACUGUCUCUGUUCGGAUGACAUCAAUGACUCUGCAUGGGAGUGUUUCCAAGCUGAGAGGCAUGCCUGAAAAGCCACUGCUUGCAAUAGAACCAGAAUCAUCCAUAAAGUUUGCCCUCAGGGCUGCUUUCGCUAAAUUAACACCAAACAAGUUUGAGGUAAUAAUUUGCUAUCAGACAAUCAAGCUUUCUCUUCACUAACUGCCCAUUUUUGCCAUCAAUAUUUGAAUUCUAACACCCACUUACUGGGUGCUAUGACAUUGCCAGGCACAAAUUACAUUUUUAUUUUUUUUUUUGGAGGGCAAAGUCAUAAGUAUGGAUAACAACAUAUUUUUACACCCCGAUCCCUAAAGAGGCUGAAAUUCUGCUAAAAGCAUCAGUGUCAACAACAUGUCUGCUAUAAGAAAUUGCUUUAUAGCUUCCUGUUAUUUUACAGGGUUUUAUGUUACUCUGGUAGUGAACCGAUGGUGGAACCAGUUUGUGAACCUGCCCUGGCCAGACAGGCUGAUGUUCCUCAUCUCCAGCAGUGUUCACGGAAGCGACGAACACGGGCGCCUGCUCAGAAGGACCCUGAUGCGCUAUGUGAAUCUCACGUCCCUGCUCAUCUUCCGCUCGGUUUUAUGACGGCAGAUGAAAGAAAAUUAUUUGACCACCUCAAAUCUCCUCAUCUGAAAUAUUGGGUUCCAUUCAUCUGGUUUGGAAAUCUUGCAGCUAAAGCCCGGAAGGAAGGUAGAAUCAGAGACAGUGUUGAUCUGCAAUCACUGAUGACUGAAAUGAACAGAUACCGCUCUUGGUGCAGCCUCUUAUUUGGUUAUGACUGGGUUGGGAUUCCGCUGGUUUACACCCAGGUUGUCACUCUGGCUGUCUACACCUUCUUCUUUGCCUGCCUGAUUGGACGCCAGUUUUUGGAUCCCACCAAAGGCUACGCGGGGCAUGACUUAGAUCUUUACAUUCCAAUCUUCACUCUCCUACAGUUCUUCUUCUAUGCAGGAUGGCUCAAGGUAGCUGAGCAGCUUAUCAACCCUUUUGGAGAAGAUGAUGAUGAUUUCGAAACCAACUGGUGCAUUGACAGAAAUCUGCAGGUCUCUCUUUUAGCUGUGGAUGAAAUGCACAUGAGCUUACCCAAGAUGAAGAAGGACAUUUACUGGGAUGAUUCUGCUGCUCGACCACCUUAUACACUGGCAGCCGCUGACUACUGCAUACCCUCCUUUCUGGGGUCAACAGUCGAAAUGGGACUGUCCGGGUCGGAUCUCCCUGGUGAGGAGUGGCUGUGGAGUUUCGAGAAGCACGGCCAGCGCCAUUCCAUGAUUAGAAGAGUCAAGAGGUUCCUGAGUGCCCACGAACACCCCGCCAGCCCCAGGAGGAGAAGCUAUGGCAGGCAGGCCAGCGACAGCUCCAUGUUCUUCCCCCCAAGUGGCGAGGUCAGCCCAGCCAGAGAUCUGCUGGAUGUGCCCUCGAGAAGCCCCCACCGUGCCUCACCUGCCCAAAGGCAACCCUGCUCCCCAGAGGGGAACCCCAAGGCGUACUCCAGCCUGGGGGAGCUGUCCACGAUCAGGGAGACCAGCCAGACAAGCACUUUGCAGAGCCUGACUCCACAGUCGAGCGUGAGGGUCUCCCCCACCAAAAUGCCACAGGUCCCGGAGGUACUGAUCACAGUGACCGAGGCACCAGUGCCCACAUCACGUGACUCCACUGCCUCCAUCCAGAGCGCAGAGUUUACCGGGGUUGAGCCAAGCAGGACUGGACAGCAGGAGGUGCCUGUGGGAUUGAUUGCAUUCCCCUCAGAGAAAGGGACACCUCCUACGGACCCCAGUCCUCAGACAAGUUCAGCCAAAGAUGAGAGAAACAUCCUCACGUUAGCCUCUGGGGAAGACCCUAAUGAUAAUGACAAGUUCCUCAAACGGUGGAGCCUCCCCGGUUUCCUGGCGUCCAGCCAUGCCUCCCUGACAGGCUUAAGUCCAGAUCCCAUCAGUUCUGAGCCCGUUCUUUCACUUGACACAAAAACAUCCUCAGAGACCAGUGGAAUCAACAUUGUGGCUGGCUCGCGAGCCUCUCCUGAUGUGUUAUACUUACUGGAAAACCUGGACACCAAGGAAACAGACAUCGUAGAUUUUAAUAAUGAGAAAGCUGAGGCAUCACCCAACGGAAUACCAGAAAGGUCUAGGACCUGGUUCUAGCCUAGAUUCUUACUUUCCCAGAAGUUCAGCAUUAGUUCCAGAACAUACCUAAGGACUGGUCAACUUUUUAAAAAGCCAUCACACUGUAUAAGCUACUUUUUAAACUGAAGGGCAUUAUGAUCCUGAGUGUCUGAGAACUGAGAAAAUCAAACACAUUCACAUCAUCCAUUACAAGGUGACUUUCAUAAAAGUUACACAGACCACAGUGACAUAUCUUAACCAAAUAAGGAAUC